ACCAUGAGAUUCCUCUUGAGAAAGUUUUGCUUUGUGAUUUCGCUUAGAGUGGGUUGCAUGAUCAGUGCCUUUAUACUGAUAUUUUUCCAACUUCUCACCGUUCCUCUGAGGAAGGCUAGUCCUUGUUGCGAUUCCUUCGAAGGAGUCCUUGUCGUUGUGUAUAGGGUUUUGGAAAUAGUGAACUUCGUGGGCUGUCUGAUGCUGUUCGUCGCCUCUUUUGUGAAAGCAUCCGCUCUCGUAUGUUUCUUUCUCAUCACGAACUUGUGUCACACUAUCCUGUAUCCUGCUUUUUUGGUGGCCGAAGUUGUCAUUUGGAAAGCAGAUCUCAUCGAUUUGAUCUUGUCUGUCGUUGGUAUUGUUUUGGGCAUUUAUUUUUGGAUCGUGGCCUUUGCAUUCUUUUUUAAGUGCAAGGAAGAUGUGUUGACUGGGGAGAGCCCCUCCAGCGGUCUGCGUAAAAAAGGAUCAAUGACAGUUGAUAGUUUAGAUUACGGACUUUAAUGUCUUAGGCCUUGA